CGCGCUACUACCGGCGCAUGCGCAGUUUAGCCUUUAUACCAAACGGGCGCUUUGGGGCGGAGAUGAACAGCUCUGCUUGCUGCAGAAAAUAUCUGCUAAUCAACAAACCCAGUGAUGCUCAGUGCAGAGGACUGACAUGGCAGUUUUCCUCAGAGGACUGUGAGUCGAUCUGCGGGAGAAUGCGGGAACCGACGUCACAUUCGUUCUCCAUCACAGACGAAUCCCCGAAGUCUUUCCGUUACCAGUGUUUGAACUAUUUGCUGUAAUCGCUCUGAGCUCACAUAUGGUGCCCACGUGCCACUGGACUGUAAAUAAAGGGAGAACCUUUUUGCAAUAAAGUGCCGUUUUUGCACAUCGCUAUUACUGAUCACUGCGUCUGGUUGCGUUUUUUUAUGCGAGUUUUGGUCUAUAACUGGUUCGAUCUUAAGGAAACAUGGAGGCCAAUAUGGAAUAUAUUGUGGGACAGGUGAUGCAGAAAGACUUGGGACGGCGACUCCAGGUCGGACAGGAGAUCAUAGACUACAUUCUGGAUAGGCAGAAGUCACAUGACCUGGAGCAGGAUCAGACCAUGCUGGACAGGAUGGUGGACGGCCUGGCUACUUCAUGGGUCAACUCGAGCAACUUCAAGGUGGCUCUUCUGGGAAUGGACAUUGUGUCUGCUUUAGUGACCAGAUUACAAAAUCGCUUUAAACCCCAAAUUGGUACAGUCCUGCCCAGUUUAACAGACCGUUUAGGUGAUGCCAAAGACCAAGUGAGAGACCAAGCCCAGGCUCUGCUGUUAAAAAUAAUGGAUCAAGCUGCCAAUCCACAGUACGUAUGGGAUCGAAUGUUGGGAGGAUUCAAACACAAGAACAACAGGACUAGAGAGGCUGUCUGCUUUUGCCUUAUUUCCACACUAAAUAUAUAUGGAGCCCAGGGUUUAACUCUGAGCAAGAUUGUUCCUCACAUAUGCAGUCUGUUAGGAGACCCCACAAGUCAGGUUCGAGAUGGAGCUAUGAACUGUCUUGUGGAGAUUUACAGACAUGUUGGAGAAAGAGUGCGAAUGGAUCUCGGGAAAAAAGGCUUGCCACAAUCACGGUUGAAUGUCAUUUUUAGCAAAUUUGACGAAGUACAGCGAUCAGGGAAUAUGGUGCUGUCUGCAGAUAAGAACAUAGAUGAUGACGACUCUGUGGAUGGAGGCCGUUCCUCCGCCUCCUCUAAAGGAGCAGCGUCUGUCCGCCGAACAGGAUCCACGCGCAGGCCGAGCUCCGCCUCCAGCACCAAGAGCACAGGAAAAGAGGUGUCAGGUGCUGGUGCUGUGGAUGAGGAAGACUUCAUCCGUGCCUUUGAGGAUGUGCCCACCGUACAGAUUUACUCCAGCAGAGAGCUCGAGGAGUCCAUGAAUAAAAUCAGAGAGGUCCUCUCAGAUGAAAAACAAGACUGGGAGCACAGAGUGGCCGCGCUGAAGAAGGUGCGUUCGCUGCUGCUCGCCGGGGCCACUGAUCAUGAAGCGUUCCUCCAACAACUGCGGCAGCUGGAAGGAGCGUUUAAGCUCUCCGCUAAAGACCUGCGCUCUCAGGUUGUCCGUGAGGCCUGCAUCACGCUGGGGCAUCUGUCGUCUGUGCUGGGUAACAAGUUUGACCAUGGAGCCGAGUCCAUCAUGCCCACGUUGCUCAAUCUCGUCCCCAACAGCGCUAAAGUGAUGGCUACAUCCGGCGUCGCAGCCAUCCGCCUUAUUAUACGACACACACACUAUCCUCGGCUUAUCCCCAUCAUUACCAGUAACUGUACGUCCAAAUCCGUGGCUGUCCGGCGACGCUGUUAUGAGUUUUUAGACCUUUUACUCCAGGAGUGGCAGACGAGCUGUCUGGACAGACAUGUACCUGUUCUGAUGGAGACCAUUAAGAAAGGAGUCCACGAUGCAGACUCAGAAGCCAGAUCGGUUGCCAGAAAGUGUUAUUGGGGAUUCCACGGCCACUUCAGUAAGGAGGCGGAGCAACUGUUUCAGGCUCUCGAGCUGACCUAUCAGAAGGCUCUGCAGUUGCAUCUGAAGAGCUCGGACAGUAUUAUGUCUCUCCCCCAAUCCGAUCGCUCCUCUUCCAGCUCUCAAGAGAGCCUCAAUCGUCCACAGUCUGCUAAAGCACCCGUAGGAAGCAGUGUAACCAGAAAUAAAGUGGUGAGCUCUAGAGUGUCCUCUACCCCUGGCUCACUGCAGCGAUCACGCAGCGAUGUCGACGUCAACGCCGCCGCCACCGCCAAGUCUCGAAUGCCCAAAGUACCAGCUGCUGCUCCGUUCAGCUCGGCCGGUGCACUGCCGCCUGGCUCCUACGCCUCGCUAGAUGCAACUCCUGGUAAUGUGGAGGGUCGUGUGCGCACACGGAGACAGAGUUCAGGCAGCAGCGUUGGAGGCGGAGCCUCUGUUACAGACAGUAGGGGGCGGAGCCGAGCAAAAGUGGUGUCGCAAUCACAACGAUCCAGAUCAGCAAACCAAGCAGGUGGUAAGACUCACGCUGGGAGUCGUUCCAGUUCUCCAGGGAAGCUUAUUGGUCAGUCCCAUGGCAAAAUGUCCUCUGUGACCCCAGCAGAGAAGCGCACUAGGAUCCCACGCAGUCAGGGCUGCAGCCGAGAGAGCAGCCCCGGUCGCUCUGGCCAGGCGCGGGGUAGUCGCAUCCCGCGGCCCAGUAUGAGUCAGGGGUGCAGUCGUGACACAAGCAGGGAGAGCAGCAGAGACACAAGUCCUGCACGGGGUUUUACUCCCCUUGUGUCUCGGCGCCACUCGCGCUCCACCAGUGCCCUGACAGGCGGCGACGUGCUGCAAACAGAUCGUUUUGGGCUGAUCCAUCAGGCGCGGAUCUCUGCCUCGGUCAACGCCAUGCGCAUCCUGAACACAGGCAUGGAGGUGGAGGCAGCUGUCGCUGAUGCUCUGCUAUUAGGAGACUCCAGGAAUAAGCGGAGGCCCAUGCGGCGCUGGUACGAGUCUGCUGGCAUGUACUCGGACGAUGACGCCAACAGCGACGCCUCCAGCGCCUGUUCGGAGCUUUCCUAUAGCUCGCGUAACGGAGGAGUGCCGCACUACAUGCGUCAGACAGAGGACGUAGCCGAGAUCCUAAACCACUGCGCCAGUUCCAACUGGUCCGAGAGGAAAGAAGGCCUGCUGGGCCUCCAGAACCUUCUGAAGAGCCAAAGAACCCUCAGCCGUGUGGAGCUCAAGAGGCUGUGUGAGAUUUUCACUAGGAUGUUUGCCGACCCUCACAGCAAGGUGUUCAGCAUGUUCCUGGAAACGCUGGUGGACUUCAUCGUGCUGCACAGGGAGGAUUUGCAGGACUGGCUCUUUGUGCUCCUCACACAGCUGUUAAAGAAGAUGGGCGCUGAUCUGCUGGGCUCAGUGCAGGCCAAAGUGCAGAAAGCUCUCGAUGUCACCAGGGAUUCUUUUCCCUACGAUCAGCAGUUCAACAUCUUAAUGCGCUUCAUUGUCGAUCAGACACAAACCCCAAACCUCAAGGUGAAGGUGGCCAUUCUGAAGUAUAUCGAAUCUCUGGCCAGACAAAUGGAUCCCACUGAUUUUGUGAACUCCAGUGAGACGCGACUUGCCGUCUCCCGCAUCAUCACCUGGACGACGGAACCCAAGAGCUCAGAUGUCAGAAAGACCCUGCACAGCUGGGUAAGUGAGGAGCUGGCAGGCAGGCUCAGCUCACUCACCUCCCUCCCCGUGGAGGGCAACCUGGAGGAGAGAUGUAAGCAGGCUGCUCAGAUGGUGCUGAUCUCCCUGUUCGAGCUGAACACACCAGAGUUCACAAUGCUGCUGGGAGCGCUGCCUAAAACCUUCCAGGAUGGAGCCACCAAACUCCUGCAUAAUCACCUGAAGAACUCCAGCAAUGCUGCCGCCACGAGUUCACCAAGCAACACAGUUGGCCGCACACCUCCGAGACUCUCUGGUUCCCGCACCAGUCCCCUGACGUCCCCUACCAACUGCUCUCAUGGAGGCCUCUCACCCAGCAUGCUGGAAUACGACACAGAGAACAUGAACUCAGAGGAGAUCUACAGCUCUCUGAGAGGAGUCACUGAAGCCAUUCAGAGCUUCAGCUUCCGCAGCCAGGAGGACAGCUACGAGCCAAUCAAACGCGACACCAAGAAAGACGACGCGAGUGCCGUAGCGUCCUCUGCUGCAGACCCCCGGCUAGGUACAGACAUGAUGGAGGGGGGCCGAACGGCUCUGGACAACAAGACCUCGUUACUGAACACACCGUCCCCUCGCUCUUUCCUGGGGCCGAGGACGCGUGAGUACAAUCCCUACAACUACACCGACUCCAUCAGCACUUACGAUAAAGCCGCUCUGAAGGAGGCAGUGUUCGAUGAUGAUGUGGAACAGCUCCGUGAUGGUCGUCGUCAAGAGUUUGGUGAAAACAAAAUCACGGCUCCCAAAAGUUAUUCUGCAUGCCCUGCGCAGCACAUGGAGCUGGUUGGUGACCUCCUGAAGGAGCUGUCCAAUCACAGCGAGCGUGUGGAGGAGAGGCGGGCCGCCCUGUUGGAGCUGUUGAAGGUGACCCGCGAUGACAGCGUAGCUGUAUGGGAGGAGCAUUUUAAAACCAUGCUGCUGCUGCUCCUUGAGACACUGGGGGACAAAGAUCACACCAUCCGGGCACUGGCUUUGCGUGUUCUGAAAGAGAUCCUGCGAAGUCAACCUGCACGCUUCAGGAACUAUGCAGAACUGACCAUUAUGAAAACACUGGAGGCACACAGAGACUCCCACAAAGAGGUGGUGCGUGCUGCAGAGGAGGCCGCCUCCACCCUGGCUUCCUCCAUCCACCCGGAGCAGUGCAUUAAGGUGCUGUGUCCCAUCAUACAGACUGCAGACUACCCCAUCGACCUGGCCGCCAUUAAAAUGCAGACCAAAGUCAUCGAGCGCAUUCCAGAGGAGUCCCUUUAUCAGCUGCUGCCUGAUAUCAUCCCCGGCCUGCUACAGGGAUACGAUAACACUGAGAGCAGCGUGCGGAAAGCCAGUGUCUUCUGCCUUGUGGCAAUUUAUUCUGUGAUUGGAGAAGGGUUGAAGCCUCAUCUUGCCCAACUGACGGGCAGCAAGAUGAAACUGCUGAACCUCUACAUCAAGCGAGCCCAAACUACCAACAGCAACAGCAGCAGCUCCUCUGACAUCUCCUCCCACAGCUAAACCAACCAAUCACUUUCUAAACCAAUCAUAACCUCACGCCCAGUCCGGUUUUACUGAAACAACUCGAAAAACCCAACCCACAAUCCGAGGUCUUCUUUUAAUUAAAGGACAAUGAUUUUUAUUUGAAUCCUUAGACCCAAAACAACAAUCUUAUUAUAUAACAAGACCUGUGUUUAGAAAUGGGACUCUGGUUUUGGGUCCAUGUUCCAGUAUGUGUGAAAUGGGUCGCUUGUAUUGCCGUACUCCUGAAUGUGUGUGUAAUGUAUCAGGCAUUAACGAGAGCAAUUGUGCCUCAGUCCAGUGGACCUGUUUGUCUGUGUUCUCUUAUAGGGCAAUCUAUUUCUAUUGAAGGAGUACUCUUGCGUUUUUUUUUUUAAUCUCUCAUUACUACAUCUGCACCGUAUGCGUAAUGACCAUGGACAACAAUUUAGAAAAUUGCCCUUUACUGAGAAAAGAACAGAAAACCUGUUCAUAUAUUACUUGCUUAAAAUGAAAGACUAGGGGCAGUCUUUUUUUUUUUUUUUUUGCAUACAAAUGUUUUGAACACUUUUAUGAAUUUACAAGUCAAAAGAUUUUAAGCUCUAAAUCUGUAUAAUUCAGCCUUUCAGAAACAGGACUAGUUUUUGUGAAGGAAGAAUUUGUUGGUGUGAUGUAGUCACUGUAACUCUAGGGAAACAUGGAAGUGCUCCAGUUUCUGCCUGAUGGCACAAAAAUGUAUGUGAAGUAUCGAAAGUAUUUUUUUUAACUGUAUGGCUUCACUGUUGGAACGUUGGGUAACACUACAUAAGAACAUUUUUGUUAAAAUGUUUAUUUCUGUACUAUCCUAACAUGUUCAUUGUUAGAGUCUACUGUUUGGAGUUUUGAAUUCCUGUUAUAUAGACUUCUUAAGCAUUAAUUCACUGCACCAAGAUCUGCCCUUAGAUUUCUAUUAUAAGUCUAAAGUUUUCUCAGUACAUGCAAAUGUAUAGGAAAACUUUGGUGCUUGGACCCCUACCAAGAAAAAGUCUGCUGUAAUUACACAUACGCUACAGAUUUGGUGUAUAAAGAUUAGAUUGAAAAAUUCUGGAGUAUUCCUUGAAGCCCUUUUUUAAAACAUCAUUCAGUCAGUGCACAGGCAAAACUAUUUCCUGUACCUGGUUACAUUUUAAAAUUAAGUAAUGACAUUCUUGAUUGGCUAAAGAAAACUGACCAAUCAGCUGCUGUAUUAUUGUUAGCUUGCGUCAACUAUUCAGCGAAGGACGUUUUAGUAAAUGUCAGGACUAGUUGAACAUUCAUUCCUGUGUAGGUGUAGUAAUAGACCUCUUUAUCACUGCUGCCUCGAAUUUCUGGAAAAUUCUGUUGCAUGUCAAUCAUUUGGACCUAUGGAAAAUUCUCUUUUUGGGGGCAUUUAAUGUUAAAUAUGCAAGAACAGAGAUUGUAUUUGUACAGUGAUGGUCCUUUUGUCCAUUAAGAAGGGAAAAAAGAUGAAGGAUAAAUUUAUCCCUGGUUCAUUCUGUAAAAAAACAAACAAACACAUGUAUAGAAGAUUUGACUGAGCAUUUCCUGUUAUACCUGAAUUUGCUUGACGAUCAUUUGCCUAGUUCAGUGACUUCCAUGAAGAAGCCUGCUUAGAAUAAUAAAGAAAUUUUAUUGCCUUUGGGUUUGAUUUUGAAGAAAAAGAUAUUUAAAAGGACUGUGGAUGUCAGAUAUGCUCGAUUUGAAGCAAACUUCUUUAUCCGUGAACUUUGAUCUUAAUGAUGUUCAUAGACUCAAAGAAAACUUUCAGCUAAAAUAUUCAACUGAGCUUAAAAUGCAUUUGGCCAUUUUCAGAUUAAACUAGUGCUAGAAAUGAAACUUGUAUUCGCUCCAAUACUAUAUGUUUAGUGCAAAUCUAAAUUUUUUAGAGCAAUAAUUCUAAACUGAUCCAAAUUGGAUUUACUUUUAGCCAAACCACUUAUCCAAUUUUAUGGUUGUGGGAAAGUCUGUGCCUGUAUGGCCUUUUAAAGUUCUUCCUUACACAAAGCUGCUGUUAACUGAACCCUGGCUCUUUAGAUAUCACACUUUGUGCUCUUGAAUGCUGAAUGUUGACAGUGUGUUGAUUUGUUACCUAACUAUUAGGCAAUGUAGUAAUGUUCAUAAAACAUUUUCGGUAUGUUUUUGGAAAAUGUAAAGCCGCCUCAGUUGUACAGCUGGGGACUGAAGAGGUCUCCCCAGCAAGGGAACUCACGGGAUUGUAAAAAAUCGACAACAAUUUGCCCUGGAUGUGUAUUCUGUCUUUGUGUUAGUAUGAAACCGGAGGAAAAAGGUGUUCGGUCAUCCAGGUUACGUCUAAUGUCAUGCAGUAGUAAGUUCGAGCAACUGGACAUGAUUUAUAUAUAUAUAUAUAUAUAUAUAUAUAUAUAUAUAUAUAUAUAUAUAUAUAGUUGUCUAGAGCGUUGGUUCUCAGAGUGGGUUCAGGGACCCCAGGGGGCUGUGAUUUAUUAUUCAAUUUGUUAUGGUGGUGAAAAUCACAGUCCACUUCUAUUAUUAUGACUGUGUUGUUCCUAAGUUCCUAUAGUUGUUAUAAUGCACUAUGCCUCUCAUAAAUAAAAAAAAAACACUCUAAUACACAUUUAAAUAAUGAAUCUAAUAUCUGAAUUAGUUUAUAUAUACUCAUAAAUCAGUGCUGAGGGAUCUGUAGAAGUUAUUUUAUAAUUAAUGGAGUCCCUGGCUGCAAAAAGUUUGAGAACCCCUGGUCUAGACGUAAGACUACAGGACAGAUACUAAUAACAGUGUAUUAGUAUUGAGUCAGGAACCAUUAAAACAACCUCACUGCAAAAAAACAGUAUCUAUGCAAGUGAAUAAAGGCAAAUUCAUCUAAUAUGUAUAAUUAUGAGAUUAGUAUAUAACAGAUACAAGAUCAUUAAACCCAUUUCUAGAGCGCUUUACUAAUUAACUACUAAUUUCAAGCUUGAAAUGGUCUUGUUUUUCUCAGUGUGUAAUUUUUCCUUUCUGGAAAUAAAUCCUUGAAAUAAGCAAAAUUAUCCACUCAAUGUCCAUUUCAAACCUAAAAUUAGGGUCUAAAAGUAGGCAUAAGAACCAUCUAAAUUGCAGAAUCUGCCUAUAUUCAAGAUAUUUCUACUUGCUUAGAUAUCAUGUGUGGCAGUGCUAUUUGAACAUUGUAGCAAUGUUUUAAUCGACCGUCCUGAAGCGUUCCUCCUGCAUGCACGUAAAAGCAUGCGUGUUUUAGCAGUCGCUUUCAAGAUCUCAUGCUCUGGAUCCGAUCUCUUCUGGUGUAAACACAGUACUGUGAUGAUGUGUGCAGUAAGCAGCGUCGUACUGUAGCUGACUGAGUAAUAAUCCUGGUUGUGUGUAUACUGUAGAUAUGUUUACAUGGAUACUUGCUAGGACCCCAGGCUUCGGUUACAAAUGUCUAGAGGGGCUCAACGCUUUAUACGUUCCCUUACCUUACUAUUCACUACUACUAAAGAAAAGCACCUCUUCUGUUACAUCUGACUAUGUUCACUUAAGCUGCAACUGUGUGUGUAUGUGUGUGUGUGUGUGUGUGUGUGUGUGUGUGUAAAGGAAAAGCCAGUGUUUCAAAGGACUGUUACAAUGGCAGCCAGUACAAUGCUUUUGCUGACGUAUUGAAAUAUUAGCCGACGCCGCCUAUCGCUUUACUGUGCAUGCCUUUCGUAUAGCUGCUCUUAUUUAAUAUCCAUAUCUGUAUUUAUGUUUUAUUUUGUGUGCGUUUCAGCAACUGUACAUAAAGACCUGUUUUUUUUUGUUAAACUUCCACCUGUGAUAGAAUCUGUAAACACCAUUUGCUCUAGAUAAAGCAAAACCUUUGAGUUUUCCA